AACAGAAGAAGCAGCUACUUCCACUGGUAGUACGAAUAAGGGAGUUUAUUAAGAGAGAAUUUGGCAAGUUCGGUGAUGAUGUCGGAGUAUUACGAUCAUUACCACCGUUGGGAGCCUUUAGCAGAAUUUCAUUUCUUCUUUGACGAUGAUGAGGAAUUUUAUGAAGACAAUUACGUUUAUUGUUUAUGUAGUCGAGCUGUAAUAAGAGAUGGAGUAAGAACAUACUAUGCUGAAAAGGAAUAUGGCAGUGAAAGUGAUGCAGAAAUUGCAGCCGACUCUCAAUCACAGGAUCUAGAAGAUCAUUCUCAUGUACAUUUUUCUGUAGAUACUUCAUACAAGACAAAAUGUGAGAAAGAUGAAGGUGCCAGUUGCUACUGUAGUGCAUCUCAUACAGACAACUAUUGUUCAACUGAUGAACUAGAUCCUACUCAAGUACAUGGUUUCCCUUCCCAUGCUCUGCAACCCAGUGAUAGUGGUGCUGACCUCACAUAUCAGGACUGUCAUUCAGACUACACCACGCUCGACAAAAUAGAACAAAUGGAACAAGAUAUUACUGAAAGCAAUGAAAAUUAUCUAUCAGAUGAUACAUGGGAAAAAUUUUGGGCUUCUAAUGGUGAAAGAAUCAUUUGGGCUUCCUGGAUCAAGAAGUACAGCGACUACAUUAAUCCAACAUAUCUAGAUGAAAACCAUGACCUAGUUCUUGAUGAUAACAACAUUCCGAAACAGCACUCAGUUGAGCCAUUAUGUAAUAAUGUUGUUGAUUAUAAAGAACAUGAUGACGGUAUUGUUAUGAGAGAGCGUAAAUUCUCUUAUGAUUCAAAAGUCAAUCCAUAUAAAAAGUCUAGUAAAGGCCAGAAUUAUGAUGAUAAAUAUGAUAAACCGAGUGAAAAAGUAAGUGAUAAAGAUGAAUUGUGGCUUCCUACACGUAGAAGACGAUCUUGCUCGGAACACGAUGGAAUUGUAAGUCCCAGAACACUUCUAGGGACAGAUUCAAUGACAAAUGUAACUAAACUAACUCUUUCAAGUUAUAAUAUUACUUCCAGUCACGUAACAUCUGAAUCAUCUCCUACAGAUGACUAUAGUGUUUCAUCAUCAACAUCAACAUCUGAUGAUCAAUUUAAUGAUCAGACAAGAAUUGUAAACAUUGAUGAUAAUUCAGAACAAAUGCCAUCUGAUGAUUUAGAUACCGAACAAUAUUGGCAAUUUCUAUGGAAGAAACAUUUUGGUGAACAAUAUGCUUUGCACUAUGCAAAUUAUGUUGAAUGUCAUGAAAUAAAAAACAGAGAAAUAUCUAAUUUGAAUGUACAUGAAAGUAAAAUAGAAGAAUUGAAAAGCUUAGAUAUUGAAUGUGAAAAUAGUGAAGGGAAUUCACAAGAACUGCCUUCUGUUAUAGAAGUUCAAACAAAAAUCGACAAAAUUAAUUUAGAAGAAAAGGCUGUCAAGCCAAAGAGGAGGACUAAGAAUGCAAGUAAUCGUAUUAUAAGCUCUGUGGGUGUUUUACUACAAAGUUUACUAAAAGAACAAAAAGAAAAGUCAUUCGACGAAGCCGUUGAUGGUGAAGAUGGAACACCUGAUAAUGAAAAGUCUGAUUCAGUAGCAUUGGACUCGAAUAAAAGCAAAACCGGAUCAAACAAUCCACAAAACAAUAGCAAUGUCUCCAAACAUGAUUAUUAUGAUGGAGAUGACGAUCCACCCGAAGAAAAGCCAGUAUCGUUGAAGAGAAGUCACGAAAUCGACGACGAAAAGGUGAAUUCCGAGAAAGUAAAAUCAACAUUCCAAAUAAUGGGUUUCUCAUUCGAUUCGGAAAAGAUACCGAAGGGUCAGCUUAUUUAUAGAAAGCGGUUAGUGCGAUUGCGUCCACCAAGAUACAAGCGAUCGGGUGCUUCAAAGAAAACAUAUUUUGAUGAUGAAGGGAAACCGUAUCAAUUGGAACAGAAUCAAGAGUCACAAGAUGAAGGCGAAAUGCUUACUGAUGAUGACGGUCCAGAAUUGCAGUCAGAUGGUGAGAAAAAUAACUUAGAUAUCAAUAAAUUAGAAGAAACUACAACGACUGAAACAGAAAAUACAGAGAAUAACAAUAAAUCUAAAAAUAAUGUAAAUGAAAUCGAAGCUACAUCUGAAGAUACUGCAGAAAUUGUACGAGAAGACAUAGAGCAACCGCAAAGUGAUGUUACUGAAAGCAAAAAGGAUGAACCGAUAGAUAUUCAUGUCGAAAUAACAAAUCUAAACAAACGCAGGCGUCGACCUAAAAGAUAUUCUCGUAUGGAAGAUUGUGAUACAACAGACAUGCCGAUUGAACUUAAAGGAGAUGAAAAAAUGUUUAAGUAUUGGAAGAAACGACAUUCGCUAUUUCAUCGCUUCGACGAAGGCAUCCAGCUGGACCGCGAGAGCUGGUUCAGCGUGACGCCGGAGAGCGUGGCGCGCCACAUCGCCGACAAGUGCGGGCGCGACCACGUCGUGGACGCCUUCUGCGGCGCCGGCGGGAACACCAUACAGUUCGCACUCACGUGCAAGAGAGUAACCGCCAUAGACAUUGAUCCAGCGAAGAUAGAAAUGGCGAAACACAACGCCGCUGUUUAUGGUGUGGCAGAUCGGAUAGAGUUUAUAGUGGGAGACUUUUUCGAAAUAGCACCAACUCUAACGGCGGACAUGGUGUUUUUAAGCCCUCCUUGGGGAGGACCGAAUUAUUCUGAUAAUUAUGAAUAUGAUAUAGAAACUAUGCUGGUACCCAAACCAGCAUCAGAAUUGAUGAGGAUUGCUCGGGAAAUCAACUCAAACAUUGCAUUGUACUUACCGAGAAAUACAAGAAUGGAUCAGAUACUUUCCAUAGCUCAAGAAUUUGGGGGUUCUGUAGAGGUAGAACAAAGUUAUUUAGAUAGAAGAUUUAUAGCUCUCACUGCCUAUUUUUAUUAGUAAUAAUUGUUAUACUGAAAUUCAUCAAUCAUUAUCAAAUAUAUCGAUUUAUAUGAAUUGCUUAACAAUCUCGUAAUAUUUUAAUUAGUAAAAGUUGGCAAUUUUUAAAUGAUUACAUACAAAAAGAUAUCAAAUAACAAAAAAGGUUUAAAACAGUAGCUAAAAUACAUGUAUUUCAAAAUCAAAAUUAAUCCAUUAUAAUUAAUAAAUAAUGGAUAUAAAAUAUAUUCAAAUAACUAUUUCAUUAAUAUAGAUCUGUAAUGUUCCGAGUUACCUGCAUUUAAGCUGUCUUAAUAAAUAUAUGAAUAUAGUGUUAUUUUAAAAUAUUUUUAUAUUACCUCAAUGUUGCUACAGAUUAUUUUUUGUCUAUACAUAUUGAACAACGCAUUUUUUUAUUUUAAUAAAAAAUAACAAGCAAUAACUAUACUAAAAGGAUUUACACUUGUUUUUUCUUACCUAAUAUUUUAAAAUAAAUAAAUAUAUUUAUAAAUAGAAAUUGUAUAUCGCAAUAUAAAAAUAAUAUGUAAAUUGCCUUAAAAGUUUGGAAAUUAGAUUGAAAUAAGAUUACUAUACUAAUAUAAAUUAAGAACAUCAUCAAGUUAUAUCUAUAUAAAGAUUUGCUAUAUUUGUUCUUUAUUGAAUAUUAAACAGUAUGCAAUGUACGUCUUUUUAAGCAAUUCUUAAGCUAUUGUCUAUCCAAUUUUUUUCAACAUGCAUUUAGUAAAUAGAUAAAAAAAAUAUCUAGCAGAAAUAUAUGGUAAUGCACUGUAGAGUUUAAUUUUCAUGUGUCAAAUAUUAUGUGUACUAUUUUAAGUGUUACCGCACUUAUAUCUACAAAUUAUAAAUUUGAAAAUAGCCUAUUGGCACUUACGCUACAUGUCUGAUAUGUGUAUUUGAAAAAGUGUAGAUUGAUAUUCUGAAAUUGCAAGCUCAAAUUUUAAAAUUUAUAACUUGAGUCGAAUAUGUUUGUGAUUGAAUGCAUUUAUAAAUGAAUACCUAUUCAUAACCCUUGUGUGUGUGACCAUAAAUGUUGUGAUCUCUGUAAAUAAUUGUUGAUGAUAUUAUACAACUUCAACUGAG